ACUCAACCAGGUUUGUUUUUAAUUACUACCUUUUAUGUUGAUUUGAUUUUUGCAGAACAAUAAGUUAGAUGGAGAUGUGCCACCGGGUUUAAUUAAGCCUGGUUUAAACCUUCGAGUUUAUCCUCAAAACAAGUCUCUGCAGGACAACGAAAACAAAGGAAAAAGUUGGAUUAUAGGAAAAUAUAAUCGAGGAAAUCUCACCACAAACAAAUCUAUUAUGCAACCUCAACAAUCAUGUACAGAUGGAGAUGAUCCAAACAAAAUUAACAAUUCAGCGGUAGAAUACACUGAAGAAGAUAUCAAAGCAGCUACAAAUAACUAUUCUACAUUCAUUGGUAAGGGAGGAUUUGGAUCUGUGUUUUAUUGUAAACUUUCAGGAAAUGAUGUUGCAGUCAAGAUACUUUCAAACUGUUCAUCUCAAGGGCAACAAGAAUUUCGAAAUGAGGUUUUUCCUUAACAAUUAUUGAAAGUUUCAAUUGAAACAAGAAUUUUAUUUAUUUCUCAUACAUCUCUCUCAGCCCAGAAUUCCUGUUAACAUAUGGUUCUUGUGUUCUUGGCCCAGGUAAGUCUCCUUUCAAGAAUUUACCAUAAGAAUCUUGUAAAACUAAUUGGAUACUGCAGACAACCUUUAGUAGCCUUAGUAUACGAAUUUAUGGAAUUUGGAACGUUGAUAGACCAUUUAUACGGCUCAGCGAAGCAAGAGAAACCACUUGAUUGGGAAACCAGGCUCAACAUUGCUCUCCAAGCAGCAGAGGGAUUGCUAUAUCUGCAUGAGGGUUGUUGUCCUCCAAUCAUACACAGAGAUAUUAAGUGUAGUAAUAUACUUUUGGAUAAAAAAAUGUUUGCCAAGAUAACUGACUUCGGUCUAUCGAAGUUGUUAGACACUUCCAAAAGCUACGUAACUACUAAUGUCAAGGGCACCCUCGGCUAUCUUGAUCCUGAAUAUUUUGGAACGAUGUCCUUAAAUGAGAAGAGUGAUGUCUACAGUUUUGGUGUUGUUUUUUUGGAGAUUAUUUCUGGAGUACGGCCCAAGGAGGGAAUAGUCGAAUCGGCAAAAAAUUUGCUUUCCUGUGGGAGACUAGAAGACCUGAUGGAUUCUUCAUUGGGUGGGCGAUAUAAUUUAGCAUCUGCAUGGAAAGUUGCAGAGAUUGCAUACACGUGUGUGGAACCGAGACCAGUAAAUAGACCCACAAUGAAUAGUGUUGUGAAAGAGCUAGCAGAAGCGAAGGCACUUAUACUGGAUGAUAACAUUGAAUCUGGAUACGCUUGGAAUGCAUCAUCAAGUGUGCUUGAAAUGCCCCAACUUAGGUAGCCAUAGAUUCCCACACAAAGAGUGUAUUCUUUUACAGACUCUAAAAGUAACAAUAGGUAUAUUAAAUGGUUGUG